AUGGUGACGCGGCCACAAGCGGCUCUGUGCGGCCGCACCUGCCUGCGGGCAUCGCACCAGCUCAGCGCGCGAGGGGAGCCGCCGAGGGGCAUGCGCGCACUCGCUAGAGGGCGCGAUGCCCUGGACACUACCCGUGGAGGGCGUGACGAUGUCUCGCGCGAUCGCUUCGCGGAGCACAGGGCUGCGUCUCCGCCUCCACGGCCCGAACGCACACAGGCGGCCGCGAACGCGGCACCUGACUCGUUUCAUGGGCCGAAACGGCUCCUCGACGGACUGGUCUGCACGGUGAUUGCCGUGGCAGUCGCUGUGUCGCCAGUCACGGCCGCGGGCGCCCCGGAGAGCCCCACGGAGGACCCGGCCGGGAGCCUAGUGGCGACGAUCGCCGGCAUCCUGGGACGCGACAGCGACGCGCCGGACUCCGACCCGAUCGAUCCCUUCACUCUCUUCGGGACAAACACCAAGCAGUUCCUGGUCGAGAUCUUGGACGGAGACAGAGUGACGGCUCAGCGGCGCGGCGUUACAGUGCGCACGUGCGUGUCCGCGGUGAAGGCCUCGCAGGAGACCCCGGCGUUCCAGUCGCUCGGAACGCGACAGAAGGUGGAGGCGGGAUCCGGGCUGACGUGCGUGCAGACGCAGUCGACCGUGGAGGGCGACGUGGAGGGCACGUGCCAGGGCUCGUGCGGGGGCGCGUGCGAGGGCGCGAUCGACGCGUACAUCGCGCGGUACAAGGGCGAGUCGGGCUACACCGUCGACGCGGCGGCGCGCAAGCGCAUUCUGCGGGCGUGCAACAAGGCGUGCUACCGCAACUGCAAGCGCGGCGGCCGGACGUUCGACUUCGUCGUCGCGAGCCGGAACCUGUUCUGA